AUGCCUUUACCUUCUGUUCCAGUUUCUUUCUCUCCCUUUUGGCUUCAGAGCGUUCUGGUUCUUAUUCAUGCGUUCUCAUCCCUCCGGUCAGUGUCGACGAUGAAGGCAGGACAAAUAAAACGCACAACAUGGGCUUUGGUACUGACUACUGAGCGCAAGCCCAAUGCACUGUCAAGAGCCAAGAUAACACCGGCGCCAGCUCGAGAUACGAAAGCCUCACCGGCAAUUACAUGCCAGAGCCCCAGCUCUCACAACAAUGUUUCCCACGACAACAGCAGUCAAUCUUCUACCUCAGUCUCUGAUUCACCCUCUCUUUUCUGGUUUCUGCGUGCUCACGAGGAAGUCCCCGCCGUUGACAUGUUUAAUAUUUUUUUCUCCCCCUUCGAGGGCUCGUGCAAAACACCCAGCAUCAGACGAAUAUGCAGAAAUGGGCACAGAUGUCGGGGCAAAUAA